AUGGUGGGUGGGAUAACUGUAAUGGUGGGUGGGAUAACUGUAAUGAUGGGUGGGAUAACUGUAAUGGUGGGUGGGAUAACUGUAAUGAUGGGUGGGAUAACUGUAAUGAUUGGUGGGAUAACUGUAAUGGUGGGUGGGAAAACUGUAAUGGUGGGUGGGAUAACUGUAAUGAUGGGUGGGAUAACUGUAAUGGUGGGUGGGAUAACUGUAAUGGUGGGUGGGAUAACUGUAAUGAUGGGUGGGAUAACUGUAAUGAUUGGUGGGAUAACUGUAAUGGUGGGUGGGAUAACUGUAAUGAUGGGUGGGAUAACUGUAAUGGUGGGUGGGAUAACUGUAAUGGUGGGUGGGAUAACUGUAAUGAUGGGUGGGAUAACUGUAAUGAUUGGUGGGAUAACUGUAAUGGUGGGUGGGAUAACUGUAAUGAUGGGUGGGAUAACUGUAAUGGUGGGUGGGAUAACUGUAAUGGAGGGUGGGAUAACUGUAAUGAUGGGUGGGAUAACUGUAAUGGUGGGUGGGAUAACUGUAAUGAUGGGUGGGAUAACUGUAAUGAUUGGUGGGAUAACUGUAAUGGUGGGUGGGAAAACUGUAAUGGUGGGUGGGAUAACUGUAAUGAUGGGUGGGAUAACUGUAAUGGUGGGUGGGAUAACUGUAAUGGUGGGUGGGAUAACUGUAAUGAUUGGUGGGAUAACUGUAAUGAUUGGUGGGAUAACUGUAAUGAUGGGUGGGAUAACUGUAAUGAUUGGUGGGAUAACUGUAAUGAUGGGUGGGAUAACUGUAAUGGUGGGUGGGAUAACUGUAAUGAUGGGUGGGAUAACUGUAAUGAUGGGUGGGAUAACUGUAAUGGUGGGUGGGAUAACUGUAAUGAUGGGUGGGAUAACUGUAAUGAUGGGUGGGAUAACUGUAAUGAUGGGUGGGAUAACUGUAAUGAUGGGUGGGAUAACUGUAAUGAUGGGUGGGAUAACUGUAAUGGUGGGUGGGAUAACUGUAAUGAUGGGUGGGAUAACUGUAAUGAUGGGUGGGAUAACUGUAAUGGUGGGUGGGAUAACUGUAAUGAUGGGUGGGAUAACUGUAAUGAUGGGUGGGAUAACUGUAAUGGUGGGUGGGAUAACUGUAAUGAUGGGUGGGAUAACUGUAAUGAUGGGUGGGAUAAUCUUAUUUAAAUUACAUGAAAUUAAAGACAACAUAGCAGUAUGA